GCUCUGUCUUAGUUACGUUGUCGUACCAGAAUCCCACGGGUUCUUAUGUGUUUGCAAGGACUUCUAGUUUUGAAAUCAAAAUGUAUCUAAUGAAGGUAGUUUACAAUAUAUGUGUUGCUUAGAAAAUGCCACCAGAGGGCGCCAGAGCUUUAACUGUUUUGUCCUAAGCGCCUAUUUUCUACUGGGGUUGAGCACCAAUGGCAUCUAAAUAUUUUACUGAAUAUUAUGUAGAAAAUGGUAGUAAUGUAAGUAGUAGCAAAUCAUGAUGUACAUGUAUUUCUCACAAUAGUGCAGAUGUCGGUGCUUGUAGAUUAUGACGCUACAUGCUUUGUUGUUUAACAGUCUCCACUGACCUACAAUGGCCCCAUCUGUUGUUUUACAGUCUCCACUGACCUACAAUGGCCCCAUCUGUUUAACAGUCUCCACUGACCUACAAUGACACCAUCUGUUGUUUUACAGUCUCCACUGACCUACAAUGGCCCCAUCUGUUUAACAGUCUCCACUGACCUACAAUGACCCCAUCUGUUUAACAGUCUCCACUGACCUACAAUGACCCCAUCUGUUGUUUUACAGUCUCCACUGACCUACAAUGACCCCAUCUGUUGUUUUACAGUCUCCACUGACCUACAAUGACCCCAUCUGCUGUUUAACAGUCUCCACUGACCUACAAUGGCUCCAUCUGCUGUUUAACAGUCUCCACUGACCUAUAAAGGCCCCAUCUGCUGUUUAACAGUCUCCACUGACCUAUAGUGGCCCCAUCUGCUGUUUAACAGUCUCUAUAAUGGCCCCAUCUGCUGUUUAACAGUCUCCACUGACCUACAAUGGCCAUAUCUGUGAAAGAGCGUCUCCUGGCCGUUCUGGAUGAUCUCGGCUCUGACGAGCUGAAGAGAUUUAAGUGGCAUCUAACUACAGAAAACCAGCUGGAUGGCUUCCUUCCCAUUCCAAAGGGCCAGCUGGAGACAUCUAACAGACUGGACAUAGUGGAUCAGAUGGUGCAGAAAUACAGGGAGAAUGUGGCUGUGAAGAUCACACUGGACAUCCUGAAGAAGAUUAGCCGCAACGAUCUCGCUGAGAAGCUAAACAGAGACUGUCCAAUAGGUCCUUCAGAGGAAGAUGGUGAGAAGUUCCAACAUGAAUAUAAACUGGAAGUAAAAAGGAAGUUUCUGCAUGUAUUUAACGGGUACCAAAGCAGGGCCAUAAACAACUUCUCAAUGAGAUCUACACAGAGCUCUACAUCACAGAGGGUGGAAGUGGAGAGGUCAAUCAGGAACAUGAGGUGAGACAGAUCGAGAUCACGUCCAAGAAUCCAGCAAGACCAGAGGCUAAAAUCCUCUGCAAUGACAUCUUCAAACAAUCCUCUGGACAAGACAAACCUAUCAGAACUGUGCUGACAAAGGGAGUCGCUGGCAUUGGAAAAACAGUCUCU